ACCUACGAAACGCGGGGAAACGUGGUUGUUCGAGAGGUGAAUUUGCCUACCGGCCGUGUUCGUAUAUGUUCGUACUCAACCGUCUCUGUGUGCGACAGUCUCAGUGUGGUGUCUCACGGUGCUCGAACAAUGCUCCUCUGUUAUUUUUUUUUUUCCACUUCUCCGCUUACUUACUAUGCCGUUCCCCGUGUCCACGUUUCUCUUUCGAGCCUCGCUCCAAGAACCUUUUAACCGGUGCUCCCUGCGCGUAAACUGAUCGUAAUUUCCACACAGAUUCUCGGGAGGAUCACGCGCGAAAAGUGGACCCGUCUAUCGUUGCGCGCGGAGAAAUCAAGAGUACGCGCGUGACGGCGCGCUGUGACGCAAGUGCACCUCCGGCUCGCGCUUCCUCCCGUUCGAAACGACGUGAAAAAAGGAGAAAAGAAAAAAAUACGAAGGGGUGAAAGACACAGUUUCAGACGGGGUGGUGGUUACCACCGUUAAUCGAAUCGACGGACCUCGUGGUUCUCUCUGGUCGAAAAAAAUGUGACGACGUUUUUGCCAAAUGUUUUUAUCCGUAUUCUUUCCUCCUCCUCCUCCUCUUUUCUUUUCUCUCUUCGUUUAUUUCUUUUUCCAUCUCCGCUCCUUUUUCUUUCGUCUCCUUCUCUUUAUCUGUUCGAUCGGUGAACGGUGUUCGUUAACCUGACCGAGGAAAUCGAGGGCGAGGACGUUGGCGAGAACGCGGUUGCACGAGGUGCACUCGUGUCCUGGCCGCGAUUAAAUUAAAUGAUUGCGUGACGGUGCGCUUUAUCGGUGUUUCCCAGCACCCUGUACUACCCUCCUUCAUGCCAUCCUUCCGUUCACUCCCCCUCCCCGCCACCUUCGUCUUCGAAUCCUCUCCUUGAGUCCUUGAGAAAUGGCUUGGACACGGCCGCGCUCGAAAUUCGUGGAACGUUCGUCCUUGGUCGUUCGUCGAGGUGGACUCGUCUAGCCCGAUGAGACGAGCGGACUGGCCGACGAUGCCGCCGCGGUUCGAUAUCCACCGAAACCGUUUUUCGCCCCACUUUGUCGCCGCUGGUUGGCCAGUUCGCUCGGGGUAAAAAAAAAAAAAAAAAAAAAAGGAUUCUUUCCUCCCGGAGGAACGCCGCGCCGUGGUGGAAAUUCGCGUAGGCUACCCUCUUCUCCGGUGGAGAAAGUUUCGAGCGCGCGCGAGACACGCGGAUCAGCUGACGCGGAGGGACAGUGAUUGGCUCGAUACACGGACGUAUACGCACGCACAGAGACGCGUAUGUAUAGGAGAGGAUAAUUCGACUACGCGCCGCGAGGAUUUUUGUCCGUCCGCGGCUGCGUGACAGUCGAAAAAGUGUGGCAAAGCGUCGACAGUCACAUUGUGCCCUUUGGUUCUUCGCGUGGUCGGCCACGUAAAAAAAAAAAAGAAAAAAAGACGAGUGAGUCAAUUAACUGGUGGACUCGCCUUGUGCAGAGCGGCGAAAUGAACGGGCUCUGCCUCGUCGGAUACGACGACUCGGAUCAUCAACGUGACGCUCGUUGUGUGACGACAGUGUAACGACAGUGUGACAGUGGGUGAAAGAAAUAUUAUUCGUAAGUGGCACACACAUAACACCAUACACACCACCGGCUGUCCUAGGACGUGCGUGGGACACACGGGGGUUCGUGGUAGUAAACGCAACAUGCGGGAAGGUACAAUAGUGCGAGCCGCCACGGCGAUCAGCUGGGCCAUCGCCAGUUAGCCAAACUAGGACUCACCGCUCCGGACUGCCCCCUCUGCGAAAAAGCGACAAAGAGGCCGCCUCCAUGCAACAUGCAGAUGAUCCUGGUUGCUGGCGGAUCGCUGCCGAAACUCAGCAGCCAGGACGAGGAUGGGCCGAACCCACAUACCCAAUACACAGGCGUCACGCAGUUCGAGCCCAUACCGCACGAUCAUGAUUUUUGCGAAAGGGUCGUCAUUAACGUGAGCGGGCUACGGUUUGAGACGCAGCUGCGUACGCUGAAUCAAUUUCCGGACACGCUCCUUGGCGAUCCGCAUAGGCGUAUCCGAUACUUCGAUCCGCUUCGCAACGAGUACUUCUUCGAUCGGAAUCGGCCCUCCUUCGACGCGAUACUUUACUAUUACCAGAGUGGUGGCAGGCUCCGUCGCCCGGUCAACGUUCCUCUCGAUGUCUUCUCCGAGGAGAUCAAGUUCUACGAGCUGGGCGAGCUGGCCACCAACAAAUUCAGGGAGGACGAGGGGUUCAUCAAGGAGGAGGAGAAGCCGCUGCCGUCGCACGAGUUGCAGAGGAAGGUCUGGCUGCUGUUCGAGUACCCGGAGAGCUCGCAAGGCGCCCGGGUAGUGGCCAUAAUAUCCGUGAUCGUGAUCCUCCUCUCGAUCGUGAUAUUCUGCCUGGAGACCCUGCCCGAGUUCAAACACUACAAGGUCUUCAACACGACCACGAACGGCACGAAGAUCGAGGAGGACGAAGUGCCGGAUAUCACGGACCCGUUCUUCCUAAUAGAGACUAUUUGUAUCAUCUGGUUCACGUUCGAGUUAUCGGUGCGCUUCCUCGCCUGUCCAAAUAAACUGAACUUCUUCCGUGACGUAAUGAACUUCAUCGACAUCAUCGCGAUCAUUCCUUACUUCAUCACCCUCGGCACAGUGAUGGCCGAGGAGGAGGAGACGCUUGACCUACCAAAGGCGCCGGUAAGCCCGCAGGACAAGAGCACGAACCAGGCGAUGUCCCUGGCGAUACUCAGGGUCAUCAGGCUCGUAAGGGUGUUCCGGAUAUUCAAGCUGUCCAGGCAUAGUAAAGGCCUUCAGAUCCUCGGCCGUACCCUCAAGGCCUCCAUGAGGGAGCUCGGCUUACUCAUCUUUUUCCUAUUCAUCGGUGUGGUGCUAUUCUCAUCGGCGGUAUACUUCGCGGAGGCCGGCUCCGAGAAUUCGUUCUUCAAGUCCAUUCCGGACGCGUUCUGGUGGGCCGUUGUCACGAUGACGACCGUGGGCUAUGGUGACAUGACGCCCGUGGGAGUCUGGGGGAAGAUCGUGGGCUCUUUGUGCGCGAUCGCUGGUGUGUUGACGAUCGCCCUGCCUGUGCCCGUCAUUGUCUCCAACUUCAACUACUUCUAUCAUCGUGAGACUGACCAGGAAGAGAUGCAGUCGCAGAACUUCAAUCACGUGACCAGCUGCCCGUAUCUUCCUGGUCAACACUUGAAGAAGAGCUCGAUGUCAGAAUCGUCGUCGGAGAUAAUGGAGCUGGAAGAGGGCAUAUUGCUCACUCAUCCCGAGAUUACGAAGAAGCCCAACUGCAACCCUCGCCAUAAUAACAAUAUUAAUCCAGCCUGUAUGAGCAUCGAGACUGACGUCUGACUACUAGUGAAGGAGACUGUGGCAACGUGGUGGCCAAUGCUGGGACGUUUAUCGAAGAACAGCUACAGCUUCCUACGGUGCCUGACGUAGGCCUCCUUCACACGUCGUCGUAGUCGCGCUAGCUGCGAUCGCUAACGAUAGCGCGUGUACGCAUGCGCGCUGGCUGUUAGCUCGCACGCGGCUGCGCAUGCGCGCGCGCGCGCCAACUCGCCGUCUGUCCAUAAAUUUGUCAAUACGAGGGGUGCUUCCAAUCCAUUUUACCACGUGUCAACACGAGACAAGAAGAAAAAAAAAAGAAGAAGAAGAAGAGUGAAGAACAAAAAAAAAAAGGACGUGAUGAAAAAACGAGGGAAUUCAACGACCAAGAAUCGGCUGGCUGAUAAUCGGGUGCCACGGUAAUUUUUUUUCCAUCAGAAUUCGAGAGUGAGUUCGAAAAAAAUAUAUAACGAAAGAAGAAUACGAAGCAGGGAUGUGGAAAACGUCAAGGGACGACGUUAAACGACGUAACUAUAUAUAUAUAUACUAUAUAUAUAGGGAGGCGAAAUGAAGGGCGAAAAAAAAAGUGAAAAGUAAACGAGGAAAGAGGUGGCAACGAGAGUUUCGACCGAGAGGAACCGUGUGUCGAAAAAUAUCGGGACAGCCGUUUCGAAGGUGUUUACGGUAUAAACGCACCCCACGUAGGGACCUACAUGCUAAUAAGGGGAUGGAUCGGCAUGUUUCAGUCGCUUGUCCACUUCCCACACCACCGACUCCAGUGUUCAAUACAAAUGAUAACAAAUAAAUAAAAAAAUUUAAAAAGUAACAAAUAAACGGUAUAAAAAAAACGAAACGAAAGAGGGGGGGGAAGGGGAAGAAGAGUGAAGACGGUUUCGCGGACUCUAAAAAAAUAAAAAUAAAUAAAUUUAAAAAAAAAAAUAAAUAAAUAAAAAAUAAAACGUAAAAAAAGUAUAUAAGAGAACGUCGUCGAGCCUUACCCCCCACCGGUGUUCGCGCAAAUGGCCGGCUAACAAUGGCGGAUCGAAGGGGGUAUCCAGCCGGCAACGAAACCAGGGGAAUCGUACCAGAUAAUACUAAUUAAUUAUUAUCGAUGUAAAUUAUAUCGAGGUAGGCGAAGGUACGCUAAACAAACAAACAAACAAACAAAAAAAAAAAUAAUUAAAUAAAAUAUUCGUUUUAAUGAAUUAUAACACUGCGCGAAAACGGACGAAGCCACGAUCGAGCGGAAGAGGAGAACAAAAUGAUGGAGGAGAGAAAGAGAAAGAGAAAGAGAGAGAAAGAAAGAAAGAAAGAAAGAAACGGAAGGAAAAAUGGCGAUGGUGCUCGCGAUGAGAGGACGGACUUACAGAAGAUAAUAUCGUACGUGUUGCACGGCGAGUAGCUAACUUAAAGUGUGUCUUGCAGCGUGGAGACAAGUUUCUUUUUUUUUUUUUUUUUUUCUCACUAUGAACAAAAUACUCAAAGUAAGUCGGAAUUAUAUACUGUAUAUUCGAUAUAUUUCGAACACCGAGAGACCAUUUGGAAUGCAAUUCGUUUUUCGGGGCGUAACACAUGUACUCCAAUAUAUCCACACGUAAACAUUUAUACAAAAUUCGCUCAACACACACACACAUAUACACGAAAUCCAUGACCAACGCAAACAAAAAAGUAUUAUACACGAUAUUUCAAAUGGAUAGACGUGCGUUGCUCUCGUCGAACGGUUAAGUAGCGGUAGCCGUCGAUCGUGCACGAACGGAGUUACAUAUACGAUGUAGAUCGAGUUUUAGACAACAUCGGUGCUUUCCAAGUGUAAAUUUUAUGGAGAAUAUUAUUGUCGAGUUAUUUCGAGGAAAAAAAAAAAAAAGAACGGAAUGGAAAGUUUGCACCGUUGUUCCCUAAGACUUAUGGCGUAUUGUAUGUACCUAUUUCCAUAAGUGCACGCUCGAGCGCGAAUCGGAGAACGAGUCGAUCCAGGCUCCGAGCUCGAGCCCAAAACCGAGAAUAAUAUAAAAUAAAAAAAAAAUUCUUCGAAACGAGCCGAACGAAUUCCGUUUUUUCUUUUUGUCGCGAGAUGACGCGAUAAGAAUUGGA